CAGAGGAAGGGGGGGUUGAGAGAACACGAAGUGAGUGAGUGAGUGGAAAAAGAAAAAGUCUGUGCCGGAGAAAGAGAGGGGCAGAGAAAGAACAGAGUUGGCUUUGGGCUUUUUUGUUCCCUUUCAGAAGCGCCGCUGUUUUGACUGUCGGUGAGGAUGAUGAUGUGGAGGAGGAAUCGACCAUGCGACAUCGUUGCAACAAUCGGGAUGAAAAUUUAGACUCGUCGCAUUCCGCUGCUCCAGCACCGACCAACGGCAGCAGGGCUCCUCCAAACUUCGACCUGCGCCAUUCAGACCUGGGCGACUGGAUUUCCCCCCAGAGGCUCGGGGCAACUUUUUACAUCAGACGCCGCGUACUUAUGAACAGAUACCCCGGCACAAAACUUUUUCAGCACACGCCGAUGUGUCGAGAUAAAACGCAGAAGCUUAUGUGACGUUAGCGGAGUUUUUUCCCAACUUAAAACCGAGUACCUAACCGGGUAGGGUCUUUUCUAACAAGCCACUUGUGAGAACAACACCGGAGGAAGGAGUGGAGUGUCACUGCUAACUUCGCUAGCUAACUUGGCUAAAGGCUAGCUAACUGAAGUCUAAAGUUACGAGUCGACGGGGAAAGUGACUGAAGCAGCACACCGAAGCCGGCAACAACGAUGAAAACCCCGGCAGACACGGGGUUUGCCUUCCCGGAUUGGGCCUACAAGCCUGAGUCGAGCCCUGGCUCCAGACAGAUCCAGCUGUGGCACUUCAUCCUGGAACUGCUGAGGAAGGAGGAGUAUCACGACGUCAUUGCCUGGCAGGGAGACUAUGGCGAGUUUGUCAUCAAGGACCCAGACGAGGUGGCUCGCUUGUGGGGGGCGAGGAAGUGCAAGCCACAGAUGAACUACGACAAGCUCAGCCGAGCACUAAGAUACUACUACAACAAGAGGAUCCUCCACAAGACCAAAGGGAAGAGGUUCACCUACAAGUUCAACUUCAACAAACUCGUGCUGGUCAACUACCCUUUCAUCGACAUGAGCUCUGGUCGAGUCCCCCAGAGUGCCCCUCCAGUGCCAUCUGGAGGCAGCCACUUCCGUUUCCCCCCUUCCACUCCAUCAGAAGUCCUUUCCUCCAGUGAGGAGCUGCGCAGCCCGGGCAUGUUCAGCAGUGUGGCUCGCCGUAUGGCCCGUGGCUCUGUGAGCGACUGCAGUGACGGCACCUCCACCAACUCAGAGCUGGAGGAGACCGUGGGGGCCGAUGAGCGAGGCGUGGGGCCUGAACGGGCUUACAGGGGCCUGCUUCCUCCCCGCCUGCCUCACGAGUCUCUCUUCAGGGUCUACGGCGGGGCCCCAAACCCAGCAGGGCUCGGCAGACAUGGCCCCAGGGUUCACCCAGAUCCUCUGUCUCCAUUCCCUGUCUCCCCGCUGCCAGGCCCCGGGGGUCUUCUGGCCCCAACUCUGUCCCCGGCCCUGUCCAUGACCCCCACCCCCCACCUGCCCUACACCCCUUCCCCCUCCCUGUCCUCCCCCAUGUUGGGUUCCCACUUCUCCUUCAACCCGGAGGACAUGAAGCACUACCUGCAGGCCCACACCCAGUCCGUCUACAACUACCACCUCAGCCCCCGAGCUUUCCUCCACUACCCCAACAUCAUAAUCCCUCAACCCCACCGCCCGACCCCAGAGAAGCCAGCCACCCAUCAUCUCCACGGCCCACCCCUACCGCUUCCUCAUUCGCUCAGCCAGCAGCCAGGAGGCGGGGAGGAGGGGCAGCAGCACCCGUCACCGUUCAAGUUCAAGCUGCAGCCACCGCCGCUUGGGCGCAAACAGAGAGAAUCUGGGAGCUCAUUGGCUGCUGCUUCUUCCUCCUCUUCCUCCAGUCAAUCCUCCUCAUUCACAGGGUCUAGUCAGAUAAUCAACUCUGCCUUGGCUGCGGGGCCUCCGAAGAUCAAGGUUGAGCCCAUAUCAGACAUAGAGUCAGAGGAAGAGGUGGAGGUGACUGACAUCAGUGAGGAGGAAGAGCUCAAUCAAAUUGACGAGGAUGACGAAGGUCACAUCUUUACCCCAACAGCUAGUCAUCAUCUUCAUAUGCUCAACAACCAUCACCAAGCUAAUGGGAAUGGGAGCAACCUCUCUGCCCCUCCGCACAUUAACCCUGAUGACGACCCCGAUGACGACGAAGAGGUCUUUAAGACUCCUGCCACUCCUCCCAUCGGCAGCGGCAGCUUGGCCUUCCCUCUGAUCAACCUGAAGAGCGAGCCGGGUCAGCCAGCGCCCAUCAGCCCCGGGGGCACGCGAUGUAUCCCGCUCAAACUCCGCUUCAAACGCCGCUGGAGUGAAGACCAGAAGAUGGAGGCGGACGGAGAGAGGGACGAGGCAGAGGACAAGAAAGUGAGGGCUGAGGGAGACGAGGAGGUGGAGGGGAAGAGAGAGGAGACAGGCAGGAGAGUAGGGGAGACGGAGAAUGGGGGAGGAAGAGGCGGAGCGGGAGGUGUUAUUUUGGGGUUGAUGCUGCCACCGCCUCCCACCCAGCGCAGAGCGAGCUCGGAGCUGCAGAGGGCUACAGCACAGCUGUCUCUGGAAAAUACUGGCUGCUGAGCUUCACAUGCACACACAGGGGACAUAGACACAAAACACACACCUCUCUGAGUCUUGUCAACAAACUUAAUAGUUUUAUGUAGAACAUAAUGCUUGGUGGUUUGUUAGCGAUAGUAGUGAACACAGGUUUUGCGUAUUUAAAGGGACAGUUCAACACAAUCAAAAAUGCUUAUUUUUCCUCUUACCUGUAGUGCUGCCUGUCAAUAUAGAUUGUUUUGGUGCGAGUUGCAGUGUUGGAGACAUCGGCUGUAGAGAUGUCUGCCUUUCUCAUAUAAUGGAACUAGAUGACACCUGGCUUUUUGUGCUCAAAGCGCCAAAAAAAUACAUUAUAAAAACUCUUGUAGGAACUACGUUCUUUUUACCGAGCUACACCUGACAACCAUAUCACUCCCCGGAAAGAGGUUGCAUCUACUGCUAGCUCACCUAGCUCCUCAGCUGAGCUAUCUAACGUUACAGCUCAGCCGAGAACGACGGCAUUAAUGUUUACAUCUCACACUGUCACAAGCACAAACUUCUUGUCCAUGAGUAGAUGCACCCUUCCUUCUGUGUGGCAAUGCGGUUGGUGGGUGUAGUUUGGUCGGAAGAACAUAGUUCCUACAUGAAAUUGCUCACAUCAAGGUGUGAGGAUUAUCUUGUCAACUGGGUCAUAAUUUCUGGAAAGAGACACUUUGAGCACCACAAGCCGAGCGCUACCUAGUUCCAUUAUAUUGGAGAGAAGGCAGACAUCUCUACAGCCGAUAUCUCCAACACUCAGCAGCUCACAUCAAAGGACUGAUAUUCUGAUAAGUAGCACUACAGGUAAGAGACAAAAUAUGUGUUUAUGAUGUUGUGGUGAGCUUGUCCUUCAAAGGUGGAGAAUGGAGACAGUAGCUAAAAGGUGAUUACAUGAACACACUUUAAAGUUGUCAGGACGUGUGCAUGUAUCAUAUGAAGGAAAUUGUUUUUUGUGCAUUAAUUAAAGGAGCUAUUGGACACUUUGUACUGACCUCACAGCCUCACAAGCUCCUUAAAUGACUUGACACAAAAUAUAAUUUCACCUGCAUAUGUUACAUUUCCAUGCUGACACGGUAGUAAAGAACAAGAUGAUGGUGUUAGCAUAAUUUCCUCCCUGUUCCUUCGUUCCCUCCUGUGGUCAGUACUGUCAGCAAGCAGCCACUAGGCAUUAUGUGAAACCAUAAAGCAUAGACGUGCCUGUGCAGCCUCUGAUGCACUGAGAGGCAUGACACCUUUGUGCCCCUGGUACUCCAUCAGACAUGAACACAGCAGGUAGUAUUUUUGCUGGGACUCACAACAUUAGGAGGAACUUACUCUGUAUAUUGACUCGUGACCCAUUUUUAACACCAGAGCCCUACAGAGAGGGAGUCUACUCUUAAUAUCUCUUAGGAAUUGCACACUUCAAUGCCGCCUUGCCCUCACAGCGCCAGUUAAAUCCACCAGGGAUCACCUCACAUCACACCUGUGCCCCGAUUAUGUCUUUUAAUGGGUCUAUUUGUUCGUCUGGUGCAGUGAAACGAAUCGCAGUCACCCUAAAGAGUACAAAGGCAGCCUGAAUUGUACAGCAGUAGAUUUUCUCACCCACAUCUGCCUCACUUGAAAGUAGUGAGCCGGCCCUCCUUUUUCUCCCCCCUCUCUCAUCUGUACUCAACCAUAACGAGAUGGACAGAUCCUAAUGUUACUAAAAACACUUAAAAAAAAAAACCCUGAUAGAGAUUACAGAAGUGCCUCUCUGUCUGCACCCAUCACCAAGCAGUCGUUUACAAGAUGGAGGGCAGUGAGGGGAAGGAAGAAAUGCUCCGCUGGAUCCUACAGACUUAAGAGGGUAAUUAGAAAGAGCUCUCCAAUCACAGUCUUUUCUCCAGGAAGCAACUCGGACACUAUGAGACUGCAUCAGGGCCAGACUGAGUGCUCUCCUCAUCCUCAGCUCAUUCACUACAGUGUAUAAAGACAUGAAAUGAGGAGUGGGAUUGUACAUCUUGAGGACAAGUUAAACUAAACCGGAGCGGGAGAGGAAGAUUGUGACCUCCCAACCUCUGACCUGCUACACAGGACGUUUGUUAGCCAGCACAUGGUUUCCACUGUACAGAGAAAAAAAACACCUCAGAGGAAAGAGCCGGAUCCUUCUCUCUCUUCACUUGUUGAGGACAUGAGGAAGCAGCUCCUAGAAAGGCUGUAAUUACAGACACACUUGUUUCUGAAUGUGUGUGCGUGGACCCAAAGCUGGCAUAAACAUCACCGUGCCCUCGAGGACAGAAAGGGCGUCCCGACUUUCUGUGUCCCUCCGUGACUUCGCACAGUCUUUGAGGGGUUUUGGAGGUUUGAGGGCAUUUGUAGUGUUUUCUCCCUCUAACAAACAGCUCUCCUCUGCAUUCCCCCCGUUUGUUCUUUACAGACUGUAUUCUUUCUGUCAAAGGAGGCAUGUGCCUCGCAAUGAUAUGGACAGUAUUUUAGGGCAUUUGCAGUGAUCUGAGGAUUUUCUGUAUUUUGCAGAGAACAGCCGAAUCUGUUCACGUGACAUUUUGAGAAGCGACAAUUGACUUGCUUUGUCUACAGGGGCGAAAUUGGGAGAAAUGUGAUGAAUGUCGCGCAUCAAGGUAAACUCAGGCAAACCUUCAACUGAGAUAUCGAGAAACAAACUUAUUUUUAUGACAUUUUAUUCAUAUAGUUUUAAAAGGACAAAAAAGAGCAUUGCACCCAUGUUAACGAACAAACAAUUCCAAAUAAGAUUGUGCCUUUAUUAAGCCAACGAGUUUUUAGAGUUACCCCCAGCAAAAUAUUUUAUCACUCACUCACAGUACCACCAUGCCUUCUGUUUUUUUGUAAAAGAGAGAUACAGAAUAAGUAAAUCUACACAUAUAUAUUUUAUUCAAAUAUAUAUUGAAUUCAAAUAUUAUAUUUCAAUAUGGUCAUUUGAUACAAAUCAGGAAAAUCCUACUAUUUUUAAUGGUAAAGAUAUGUAUAUAUUCUAAUGGACAUAUUAUUACCAGUAUAAUUCAGCCUUUGCCUUCUCACCCUUGCCUUCUCUUGACCGUUGAGCUGCAGUGACAAAGGCCCAAUGGUGUCAGAGUUUUAUAUUUAUAUCGUUAAAAUGAAAAAAAAAAAACAAAAAAAAAAAAACAGUUAUUGUGUAUUCAGGGGACGGAGGGUGUGACGGGACAAGGAUCAAAGAGCAAGCAGAAACGUUUAAGCAGAUCUGGGUCAAUUCAUGUUUUUCUUGUUGGUGGGCAUGUUUGUUUUAACAUCCCCAGAGUAGAGCUACAACUAUUAAUUGAUUAGUAGUCAAAAACUGUCUCAUUCCAACUUCUGAAAAGUGAAAAUGUUCUGGUUUCCUCACUCCUUUAUAACAGUGAACUGAAUAUCUUUGUGUUGUGGAUAAAGCAAGAUAUUUGAAGACGUCAUCUCGGUCCUUGGGAAACAUUGAUCAACAUUUUUCACUAUUUUCUGACACUUUAUAGACCAAACAAUGAUUAACCAUAAAUCUGUUAACCGCCGCCAGUAUUUUUGACCAGUUCUGUGUGUCAGUCUAUCGGUUAAAUGUGCUGCACCUCAGUUUAUCGUACUGUGCGUCAACAGGGUCUCUGUUAGGAGAUAGCUUGCGUUGUCACUCAUUCAGUCAUUACUAGCGUCUCGACCUCACAGACAUGGUAGCCAUCCUCUGGUCUCCCCCCAGGUCACCCUGGUGACAAAAUGGCUCAUUUUUUAGCUUUAGCAUCGUUAGCAGUGUCAGCACAGUUAGUGGUGCUAACAGGGUUAACAGUGCUAUAAGGGUUUUGCAGGUCAAAAUUAAGCUGCUUACUCAACACGACAACCUGGAGUGAGACCAGAGGGUGGCUACCGUGUUUUUCACAUGUCCCACCGCCUGGACAGCGUUACUGGCAGUAAUCUUCAGACCCAGUUGGUGCGCAGUGCAGAGCUACCAAGGCUAACGUUAGCUAACCAGUGGAGACAAGAGGCGAACAGAAAAUUUUAAAAAGCAAGACAUUUACAUCUCAGAACAUUAUAAUUAGACCACCAAAUAGAUAGCACCUUGAAUGCAGCACUAAAGCUAACUGAGUCAAUGGAGCACCGGAUUAAAAAGAAAGCCCUCUUUUAUUUCACAUCAUUUUCUUUUACCCGUAACUUAUUUGAUGGGUGUCAGGGUAUUGACAGCUAAAUUUACAGAAACAGACAUCCCUACAAACAGCUAAUGGAAUACUCAAGAAAAUACUCCACAGAAUAAUUGACAGUUGCAGUUCUGCCCAGGAGUAGCAGAGAGGCAGGUUAACCACAUCAGGACACAGAAAGGUGAAUUAAAUUCACCCCACCCGCCUCCAUCUAAAACGUCUAGCAGCCACUGUUUGACCCCAAUCUGCUUAAAAACCGUGGAGGCGCAGGUUGUAACAGGAGCUGGUGACGGACUCGGGUGUUCAGAUUCUGAUUGGACGACACAGAUAUACAUGCAGCUCUGCGUCACCUCGCAAAGCCGGCAGGACCGCAGCUGCUGAUACAACUGGACUUUGGUUUGAGCGUGGACCGUGGACUCAAGUGGCUUUGUGUGAACUCAGUGUGUCUGUGUGUGUUUGUAUGGGCUGGUCUGAACCCUGCCCACACACACACACACACACACACACACACACACACACACACACACACACCGUCCUGGUUACAGUGAGGCUUUACUGUGGCUAGAAUAAAGGGAAACAUGACAUCACAUGUGACAUCAGACGCCCCCACAGUCUCUCUGGAGUAGACGGCAAACCAUAGAAACUACACACACAUUUACACACAAACACACACACAGAGGAAAUGGCAUCACAAAACCUCAGAACGGAGUGGGGAGAGAGGGACUUCCCAUAACCUGACUCGCACAUUCUGCGUGGUGUGUACGUGUACUUGUGUAUGUGGAUGUGUGGUUUCUAUGGUUAUGCCAUCCACACAAACACAAACUAUUACACACAGCCUAGUGAAGACCAGCCAUAUGAAGUGUCGGCUCGGGUUAUUAUUCAGUCCCAGUAUUCUUGUCCGGAUUGUCCAACCAGCUCCAGUCUAAUUUUGAAAAGGUUAUUUUUCUUCAGCAGGCACAAAAAACUUUUACAUCUAUCCUUCCAAUGUGUUUAAAAUGUUUGAAUCAGCAUUAAAAAGGGUCAAACCUCUGGUCACUGCUAAAAGUGUCAGCAGAACAAUAAAACAUUUUAGGGAACUUGAAGGAUAGCUGCAUCAGUGUAACAGUGUCUGAUAAAGAAGAAUAAAGAACACUGAGCUGUACCUGAACCGUUGCACCUGUGCUGCCUUUACCUGUCGUGGCUUCAAACUCAAAACACAAGAGAGUAACUGUUUCCCCAGCAGGUGGAUAUUUGCAACCCUUGGAUUUCAUUGAUGCUGUUCUUAUCAUUUUCUUCUGUAUUUUUUCAGACAUAUUACUGUUACUCCUGUAAUUAUUAUAUUAUUAACUAUUUUUGAUUAUUUUGUACCCUCUUGCCCAUGGCCUGCUCUUCUCCAUGACUUCCUGGUUUUCUGUGAGUUUUCGUUCCUGUUUGCACUCUUUCCCAUAAACUUCAACUAGUUGGCUUCAGUGCAGUCUUUUUUUUUUUUUCUUUUUCAGUCAUGCUAAUUUUGUAACCACGUUACCAUGGUCAAGAGGAGGGUCACUUAUUCCCCACAUGAUAUUCAGCAGGGGAAGAAACAAAUGUUCUCCUUUUUUUUUUUUUUUUGAUGUUGUAUAUAUAUUUUUCCCAUUUUGGAGGAUUCUGUAAGAAAAAAGAGCUUUGUACUGUUUAACCAUUGUAUUAUUUGAAAUGCGUUCCCCUGUCCUCUCUCUGGUCGUCUCUGUCUCUUCUCUCACAACCACCUCGACGGUGAGCUGUCACUCCAGAGGGGAGACGGAGACCUUUUGUUUUUAUCACGGAGGAACCACCUGUACUUCAGUUUCUCUUUUAUCUGUUCAUCUUCAUUUGUAAUUAAACAAUAAUCAGGGUUCAUUAAAAAAGGUAAAAAUGGA